AUGUCAGGACUGGGGCACGUCGCUGGCAAUGUCGGCUCGCAGUACAACUACACAACCACUGACUGGUUGGACACCGGUGACAAUGCCUGGCAGCUCACCGCGGGCACCUUGGUCGGGCUCCAGAGCGUGCCUGGCCUUGUCGUGAUGUACGCGGGGAUCAUGCGCAGCAAAUGGGCCAUCAACAGUGCCUUCAUGGCCUUCUACGGGUUUGCCGCAACGCUCAUCGUCUGGGUCCUCUGGGCCUACAAGGUCGCCUUCGGGAUAUACAUGCUGCCGUUCGCAGGACGGCCUGGUCCCAUCAUGACGAUGCAGCAGGAGCUUGGCCAGUCCCAGCUGCCGUCGGUGUCGCCCGUCCUGUUCCAGAACUUCCCCCUGUCGACCAUGGUCUACUUCCAGUUCGUCUUCGCCGCCAUCACCAUCGUCAUCAUGGCCGGCGCCUUCCUGGGCCGCAUGAAUUUCACCGCCUGGAUCAUCUUCGUCCCGCUCUGGAUCACCUUCUCCUACUGCAUCGGCGCCUAUUCCAUCUGGGGCGGCGGUUUUCUCUACCAGAUGGGCGUCAUUGACUACUCCGGCGGCUAUGUCAUCCAUCUCUCGUCCGGCACCGCGGGGUUCAUAGGCGCGCACUGGAUCGGCCCCCGCCUGGCCGCAGACCGUGAGGAUUCUCGUCCGAAUAACAUCCUCGGCGUCCUCGUCGGCGCCGGCAUGCUCUGGCUAGGCUGGAACGGCUUCAACGGCGGGGACCCCUACUCUGCGUCCGCAGAUGCCGGCGUCGCCGUGCUCAACACCAACGUCUGCACGGCCAUGUCGCUGCUGUGCUGGACCGCCUGCGACAUGAUCUACUUUAAGAAGCCGUCUGUAAUUGGCGCCGUGCAGGGCAUGAUCACCGGGCUGGUAGCCAUCACUCCCUGCGCGGGAGUUGUCGCUGGCUGGGGCGCCAUCGCCGUUGGGUUUGCGAGUGGCACCAUCCCAUGGCUCAGCAUGAAUGACAUGGGCAGGAGGGUCGCGUACUUCCGCAAGAUCGACGACACGCUGGGCAUCUUCCACACGCACUGCAUCGCUGGCUUUGUUGGCGGUUUCUGCGCCGGUCUGUUUGCUACCAUCGAGGGCUGUGCCGCCUUUGGGAUCUCCAACCCCGGAGGCGCCAUCGACGGUAAUGGGAAGCAGGUCUGGCUGCAGAUCGUCGGCGCCCUCUUCAUCAUCGGCUGGAACAUUGUUUGGACAUCCCUCAUCAUGAUGUUCAUCAAGUACGUGUUGCGCGUGCCGCUACGCAUGACCGAAGAACAGCUCCUCGCCGGCGACGACGCCAUCCACGGUGAAGCCGCCUAUCGCUCAGAAACUGGCCCUCAGGAGUUGGGCAUGGGCGGCGUGACGAUGGGCCACGAUCCCCAGGCGCCGGUGGCGGGCGAGAAGUCUAGUAAUAAUGUUAAACAUGAUUGA